AUGUUAGCAGAAGUUGAUAAAUAUGGGAACACCAUACUUCAUUUAGCAUCAAGUUUGGGAGUUCCAUCAAGUUUGGAACUUCCAUCUACUCACUCUUCAGUUGUGCCAGUGAAAGAGUCUAAUACUGAUAUAGCACCAUUAUUUACAGUACCUGGAGGUUUCGAUCAGAAUUCUGGUAUACCUGUUCUCGACAAAGACAACACCUUCUACAAGUUCAUAGUGGUCGUCUAUUCAGCAAUAUUGUUUUCCUUCAUAAGUUUGGCAGCUCUGUUAUCACUCCAACGUUCUACUUUCUACGCUGAAGAAUUCUAUAUUUCUGUGCCUUUAAAAGCUAGUGCUGCUUCUAUUUGUUUGAUGUUGGCUGCAGUUUUCGCUACCACUGCUUCUGCACUAGCAUUAGUUCUUGAAAGUAAGAGGCCUAGCUCCAAUCAAGAAAAAACCAUUUUACUUCAACUAAAAGAACAAUUAUCCACCACUUCUCCCUUCUUCCUUAACCGCUGGACUUCAUCAUCAGACCACUGCACUUGGCCGGAGAUCAGCUGCACACAUGAUAAUUCAGUCAGAGCCAUUCGUCUCGUUAAUCUCAGCAUUUCCAAACCAAUCCCACCAUUUAUUUGUGACCUCAAAAACGUCACCUUUCUUGAUGUUAACAACAACCUCAUCCCUGGUCCUUUCCCUACCCUUCUUUACUACUGUUCCAAUCUUGAAUACUUAGACCUUUCUUUUAACUUCAUGAACAGCAGCCUUCCUAAUGACAUCAACCGGCUUUCGCCUAAGCUUCACAAUGGAGGUCUAAAACAGCUCAAAGAACUUCAGUUUGCUUCAAAUGCUUUCCAUGGCUCUUUCCCUGCUGAAAUUGGCGACUUGACGAAUCUUGAAUCUCUGAUUCUGAAUCUCAAUAAGUUUGCACCUCAAGAAAUACCAUCAAGUUUUACCAAGUUGAAGAAACUCAAAAAUAUCUGGAUGAGUGAAAUUAAUUUGAUAGGAGAAAUCCCAGAAAGCAUUGGCAACAUGUCAGCUUUGGAAUUUUUGGACUUAUCCAUGAAUGGAUUGAGUGGUAGCAUCCCUAACAGUUUGUUUCAGCCAAAGAAUUUGACCAUAGUUUAUCUCUACACUAAUAGAUUGUCAGGACAGAUUCCUCAGAUUAUUGAGUCCUUCAAUUUGGAGGGAAUUUACCAAUAG